AUGGUGGGCAGACGAGGGAAACGAGCUGCUCCGGCGCUCAAUUCCAGCCCGGCAACGCGAUCUUCGCGCAAUGCAUCCGCUACUUAUACCCCCCCGCGAGCUCGCGGCCGGGGUCGCGGCCGAGGCCGCUGGGCAAAUCACUGGAAUGGCCGCAACAGCCUUCCGGGCCGCACCACCGUGGCCGCUUCUGUAGAUGAUGAUGAUGAAGAAGCAGAGGGGGAGGAGGAGGACGAUGAAGAAUCGUCUCCCGAGCCCCCCAAGCGCUCCCACAUCAUCAAGUUCAAGAUGCCAUCUCUCCGAUCUCUCCCAGUGGAUGCAUCGGGCUCAGACCCCUCAAUCGAGGAGAUUGAGUCGGGCAAUGCGCCUUCAAUCACUCCUACCGAGUCCCAGAACCCCGAAACUCCUCGCCCGCGUCGCUCCAAGCGCGCAAUGGCGGUUCCGGAAUCUUCACGCACUACGCGGCAGUCGGCUCGACUCAAGCCCUCCGGCGAAGGCUCCACUGAUCACCCAACGCCGAGCAAGGCUGCAGAGGAGGCCGAAGCCACUGAAUCCGACGACGAUCAUGAUCGAGAGACUUAUUCUCCCGAGGAUCAUGAUCCAGACGAUGAGAACUAUCAACCGCAACCUCGUAUCAAAAUUAAGAAUGCUUCGCAAACCCCAGAUCCACAUUAUCUCCCCCAUCGAUCGUCCGAACGAAGGAAUGAUUUGGACCACCCUGAGGCAUCGGCAGAGGACCUCGCGACCACUAAUGUAUCUAUUUUGGCGCGUCCAUAUUCCCAAGAAACGGAAGACGACCCGAAGUCAGCAACCAUUUCCGAACCGCCGCGCUCCUUCUAUUCCCCUCGUCUGGCGCGCAAGCGCAAAUCAGCUGACAUGAAGGAUGAAUCUUACGAGGCCGAGUCAAUUGAAAUGCCCGAGCCCACGACCAAGAAACUCAAACUAGAGGAGACUGAAAUGACACCCGAGAGUACGCUCCCCACCGCGAACGACACCCUGUCGCCCCCUGAAUUGUCCCCUGAUGGAACCGCCGAUGCCGAGGAUCUUGCCGCAGAUGGGGCCUCAACCCCCGUCGUGGGAAGAGGCCGGGGUCGAGGACGCGGUUAUCGUGGUCGUGGUCGAGGCCGCGGCCGCGGCCGUGGUAGUCGAGGAGGCGCCAUGGGACCGAUUCGAUCAACCGCAGUGCGUGCUCGUGGUGGACGAGGACGGGGUCGUGGCCGUGCCGCUGCAGCCGCCGCCCUCCGCCGUGGCAAGAGAAUUGAGGACGAAAUCUGGGACAGCGAGAGCCGCCGUCGGUCCCCAUCUCCCAUCCCUGCUUCCCAGCCCAUCAAAGACCGCCUGGAAGAAUUAGCCACUAUAUUCAAGAAGGUCGGACAGGUCCAGCAGGGCGCUCUCAGCUUCCUGGCCGAGCAGUCAAUGGGCAAAAUUGCCCGUGAUAAGAAUAUUCACAAGGAGGGCCCAGAGUUUGACCACGUGCAGCGCAACUUGGCCGAUUACCAACGCAAGGCCAUGACACGAGUCCGAGAGUCCUUUGACUUUAAAGUCGCGGCAGCUGAGAGGGUGUAUGCGGGAGAAAUUUUCAUAGUUGAAGAGCGUAUCAAGGAGCAAUUGGAGAACAUCCAAGAUGAGAUGUUUCAUGCCGUUCGUGGUAAAUACAUGGAGCUAGUUAUGGGUCGCCGCGCCGCCGAAGAUGAUGAGCACACUGAGACCGACGGAUCAGACCCCGAUGCCGAGGAACCCCAAUAUCUGUUCCGCAUCGGCAAGGCGGGACAGCGAGAAGUCGAGCGUGGAUUCUUUGCUCAGGCUGUCCGCGAUCCCGAGGGAGCUGCUGCCUUUGAGCGGGGCUGGAAUAGUUGGGAAGACUUCAUCAAGAAGGUCCAACUGGGCGAGGACCUCAACCCGCAGAUGCGGGCCCUUGACUCGACCCUUGACCCGGCGACCCUCGACCAAGUCGACCGCACCAUGGCCAGUCUCCUCCGCGCCGCGCAAACCGUACAGAACGAGACGGAGGCCGGCAAGUUCUCAUCUUUCGAUGGCGCCAUCGACCCCGCACCCAAGGCUCUCUCGAUGCUCGCGGAUACUGCAAUGAGAUACUCUCAGCCCACCCUCCUCCCACAGAUCCGCACCGACCCCAACCUCGCGCCGGGCCCCCGCGGCAUCCUUAACCAACCUACGGGGGUGACCCUACCUCCCGCCCCGAGCAUGGGGCACGGGCCCACCGACCCGCGCUCGUUCAUGCUCCCCCUCCGAACCCGACCCAACAGCCCCGACGCCUGCUCCCGGCCCCUGCUGCCACCACCGCAGCUACCGCCUCCAGGCUCGAACUUCCGGAACCUGCCGCCGCCUGGGCCGGCGAGCUGGUCGCAGGGGUUGCCCGGGUCGGGAUCCGGACGUCACGGUGCGCCGCCAGCGCCACCGUCCAUGUACAGCUUCCCACCGCCCCAUCCGCCUCGACAGUACUAG